AUGACGCAAAUUGACGAGAUCCGACGAGAAUUAAUGAGAUCUGACGAGAUCUGGCGAGAUCUGGCGAGAGCUGCCGGAGACUGCUGCCACCUGGUGUUCCUUGCUAAUAACAGCCCUCACAGCCGCGGCCGAAUCCAGGACCGGCAAUUUGUGGGGCAGAAUCAAUCAACUGCCCAAGCUGCCACAGCAGGCGUGCAGCAACAGUUGACGAGUGUGCUGGGGCGGCUGUGCAAGGGACCACUAUUCACCCCCCCUACCCCCCAUCACCCCACCCCCCAACCACCGCAUCCGCACUCCCUCGUCCCGCGCCCCUUAACCGCCUCGUCCUCCCCCGCAGACGGGUCCGGCAGCCACCUCAACCUGUUCAGCAACAAGCAGCCGCCCAAGAAGAAGCGGAAGAGCCGCACGGCGUUCACCAACCACCAGAUCUUCGAGCUGGAGAAGCGCUUCCUGUACCAGAAGUACCUCUCGCCCGCCGACAGGGACGAGCUGGCGCAGAGCCUCGGACUCAGCAACGCGCAGGUGAUCACGUGGUUCCAGAACCGACGCGCCAAACUCAAACGCGACAUGGAGGAGCUGAAGAAAGACGUCGCUUCCCACAAGAUCCUUAGCGACCAUUCGAGCUUUAUCAAGACUAUGACGCAGAUGGGACUCCUUAAACACAAGCCAGGGGAAGUUCUAGAUAUCAAGAAGUUGACGGAAUGACUAGAAGCCGGGCGAUUUUGAUUUCUAUUGAAAGAAGGAGUGGCGGUUUGAAGGGAGGAGAUGAAGCGAAACGUUUCGAGCUCCGUUCCGAACAGCCGUUACUGAAUCAUUAUCGCCAUGGCUUUGUUUUAUA